GACGAGCGCUUGGUCGACAUUUUAGCACUGCAUCAUCAAGACUGACGUGGGGACUACGUGGGCAGAGGCUCGAGCCAUCCACUCCUACCAUAAUUAGUGACGAGUCUGACUACGUAAAACUUUGUCCGAUGACCAUGGACACAGCGGUUGCGUCAUCACAGAAGGAUGGAAGUGUUGAUUACUCUCUGUCUGAUGAAGAACCAAGUCAGAGUGAAUCCAACUCACCGACUGCUGUACUUACUCAGGUUUCCGGAACAGGAGACUCCGCUGGCAUGACAGUGGUGCAGUUACCUGUUGAGCAGACAGUUCAGGUCCAGGCUGUCAUCCAGGCUCCUCAGGCCUCUGUCAUCCAGUCACCACAGAUGCAGACUGUACAGAUCACCUCUAUAGCUGGGCUUGAAGGUGGGGAGUCGGCAGUCACAGACACACAGAAAAGAAGAGAGAUUCUCUCAAGACGCCCAUCUUAUCGAAAAAUCCUCAAUGAACUAUCAACGGAUUCCUCCUCAAUUCCAAGAAUUGAGGAGGAGAAACCUGAAGAUGAGGUUCCACCCUCCAGUGUUUCUUCAGUUCAAGUUCCAACUUCAAUCUAUCAGACCAGCUGUGGCCAAUACAUUGCCAUCACCCAGGGGGGAGCCAUCCAGAUAGCCAGCCCAGGCAGUGAGGGCCUCCAGGGUGUACAGUCGCUGGCCAUGUCCAACUCUGGUACCCAGAUCCUGCAGUACGCAGCCCAGGCAGGGGACUCUGGACAGCAGUUAUUCUCUGUGCAAGGUGGCCAGGUGGUGAUACAAGCUGCCACUGGAGAUAUGCCAGCGUACCAGCUGCGUUCGCCCACCUCGGGCCUGCCCCAGGGCCUGGUGAUGGCUGCGUCCCCAGGCUCCCUGUCCAUGCACAGCCCCCCGGUGCACACUGAGGAGGUCACACGCAAGAGGGAGGUCCGCCUCAUGAAGAACAGGGAGGCUGCACGGGAGUGCCGCAGGAAAAAGAAAGAGUAUGUCCGGUGUCUGGAGAACCGCGUGGGAGUGCUGGAAAAUCAAAACAAGACCCUCAUCGAGGAACUCCGAGCAUUAAAGGACAUUUACUGCCACAAGAACGAGUAGCUCAGGAGCUGUACUCAGCCUUGUGCCAGGAGAGAGAGAUCCUACUAAAAAGGCUCAUAUAGUUCCGUUUACAGACUGACUGCUCUAAAAGACUGGAACAAAAACUACUUUCACUGUCUACUCCGCUUUUUCAGGCCCAGUCACUUUGAUACUGCAUCAGAGGUUGUCAGGCGGCCAUAGGCUUGUGCUCUCCGGGCACAAGUCAAGUCUUGGUCUGGCCCAGGGCCCCUGUCUGUCCUCACUCAUGCGCUUGCAAGUGAAUACAUAAGUGUCGCCCAGCCGCGUUUUGCUUUUGCUAUUUUCAGGGAGGCAACCAAUGAGAAGCCAGCCUGCAGAGGAAAAGGAAAUACAUGUGCUUCCUGAAGGCACACCGCUCACCAACACUGACUCACCACAGUGGAGAAGCAAAAACUAAAGACCUGCGAUAGAGCCUCAUUAUCAGCCAGCAAGUUUGUGCAAGCAGACUCACCAGCAAGCCAACCUACCUUAGCCUAAGUGCCAGUCUGUUUAUGCUAUCAUGCCAACUCCUUGUUUGGCUUGACAAUGAAACCAAUCAAGUUGGCAAGAGCACCAAUAGAUCUAGGAUCAGGCUAAACCUACCCAUCUUUACUUUUCACUGCUAGCUAGAGUUGUUCUUAUAUUACUAUACUUCUCUUCUCACCUUGGCUGUUGUCAACAUUCCUUUGUGAAAUGAGAUUAACCCCUUUCAGGACGAAGUGUGAUGAGUAAAUACACUUUCUGCAUCAUUGAAGUUUUGGGAUGCUGUGUUUGACCAUUUGAGUUAAUUCAAAAAUGUUUGACUUAAAAACGGUUGCAUUGGACCUUUAUGUCCAUAGCAACUAAUUCCUGGGUUACAAUGAAGUACCUUUCUGUGAUUGUUUUCAAUUAAAGUGGUCAAAAAUAAACCAAAAUUUGCUUCUUAGCAAAGAGCUAUAUCUCAAGCAAGAAUUUAGCUUGGGCUGUCUGGGAGUGGUCUGAGCUGUUAUUGGCGAGUUUUGGAACGCUUUUUCUUACAGGUCUAUUAACUAAUUUACCGCCUGGUGAUGUCACCGGGCAGACCAAAACACCAUCCUACCAAAACAGGCUGAAAUUACAGAUGGUCUUUUCAAACAGCUCUUCCACUAAAAGGGCAUUAUCGUAAAAAAAAUGCAAUUUCACAGUAUUAUUCCAACCUCAUAGUUUUGAAAUGAUUUUAAAACACAGGCAAAUCUAGUUUUUGACCGCACUGGGCCUUUUAAUGUGUUACUUGAAUUAAUGUGUAAGACCCAGUGUCAAGGAUGUCAAGCAUUAAACAUUUUAUGGCAAUUUAGCUAGCUAGCUUGCUGUUGCUAGCUUAUUUGUCCUGGGAUAUAAACAUUGGGUUGUUAUUUUACCUGAAAUGCUGAAAGGUCCUCUUUACCUGAAAGGUCCUCUACUCUGACAAUUUAAUCCACAGAUAAAACGGUAACCAAAUUUGUUUCUCCUCAUCUCUCCUCCUUCCUUCAGGCUUCUUUUUCUUAUUUAGACUUCAUAUGGAAGUUGGAAACCAACAUUACAGCAUUACUACAACCGUGUGGAGUGUGGACCUCAGUUCAUCUUUCAAUCACCCACAUGGGUAUAUGCUCCUAAAAUCCAAUGAGGAGAUUUGAGAGGCAGGACUUGCAGCGCGUUGAGUGUCACAAAUAGAACCACAUUCUCUUUUAGCUCCCGGCUACGCAGCCGGGAGCUAAAAUUUACAUGACAUGCCCCUCAGAGGAAUUUAAAUUAAAUAAUUAUAUAUUUAUAGCCAUCUGAGGAAUCUUAUCUCACCAAGACCAUGUUGAAAUGACUACUGCUAUGCUACUCUUUCAAAAUGGCUACAUUUUCCGUUUACUGAAUGGCUCACCAAUCGUUCUCCACUUUGUCUGUCUUGGAACAUUACUGUGCCAGUAUAUUGUACACAUGUUUAAAAAAUAUAUAUAUCUAUAUAUAUUACAACCACAGAAAGUACUGAUGAACUAAUGCUUGGGUAUUUUGACUGUCUUUAUAAAAAAUGUAUGUGAAUGACUUGCUAAUAACAGGUAGGAUGUGUCGCAAAUGGCCCCCUAUUCCCUUUAUAGAGCACUACUUUUAACAAGUCUUAUGGGCCCUGGUCAAAACUAGUGCACUAAAUAAGGAAUAGUGUGCCAUUUGGGACAUGCAUAGAGUUCAGGACUGCUCUGUUUAAAGGGUAUUGCUAAUGAAUGUCCAUGAGAGCACAGACUUGACUGAUGAACUAGCUUCAUUUUCUUUCCUCACACCAGUUCUGCUUGCUGAUUUUGCACCCUCCCGCUUGCUUUGAAUUUUGAGGUAAUCUUUCUUUCUGUUUACAUGUAUAUGUCCUUUGUAUGUUGUCAUGCCAGUGGUUAUACAUUUCAGGUGAGAUAUCAAAUAAGAUGAAAAAGAAAAUUGAUCUCAGUAAAUGUUGUUGGAUAGAAUUGAAGAGUAUGUCAAACAGGUUAGCUCUUAACCAGUUGUACAGCGCGUGUUGAUCCCUGCUAUGUUUGAAAUUUGUUUAAAAAAGAAAAAUACUAUUUCUAAAUAAAAUUUCCUAAAGUUCA